GGGGAAGCACAGAGAACUGCAAUGUAACUAUUUAGUGUGAUGCCCAUUCUCGCCGUUCUUAUCGUCGCUCUUCACUCUCGUUUCGCUACCCACUGUCGUUUCAUCCCAUUCUAGGAAGAACCAGUCAGAAGUAACAAAUAUCACAAUGUUUCUCAAAGUCCAGCUGCCCUGGAAUGUCAUCAUUGCAGCAGAAAAUUUGCAACCAGAAAGUCUGAUGCUUCAACGGGCAAUCAUCAUUCGCCUUCUGAGUGACUUUGCUGUGAAGAAGGCAACCAAAGAUCUGGGAUACUAUCUUGCGGUGACCACAUUGGAGAGAAUAGGAGAAGGAAAAGUCAGACAACAUACCGGGGAUGUGCUCUUCCCUGUUGUUUUUAAUGCGGUUACCUUCAAGAUUUUCAAGGGUGAGAUACUAGAGGGUGUUGUCCACAAGGUUUUAAAGCAUGGAGUUUUCAUGAGAUGUGGUCCAAUUGAGAAUGUGUAUCUCUCGAAUGUGAAGAUGCCUGAUUACCGUUAUGUUCCUGGUGAAAAUGCAUGCUUCAUGAAUGACAAAAUGUCCAAGAUUGGAAAAGAUGUCACAGUUCGCUUUGUAGUGAUAGGUACAAAGUGGAUGGAAGCAGAUAGGGAAUUUCAGGCAUUGGUCAGUUUGGAAGGAGAUUAUCUGGGACCAACUUCAUCGCUUGAUAUCUAGCUGCAUUUUCUGGUAUCAUGUUUUCUUACAUUGUUAUUUUCUUGGUGAGAGCAAACUCAUUUUGUUGUGGGCCUGUCUUUUCUUCUUUCUGGUACAAAGGAUGGAACCUAUUAACCAAAUUAAUGUAGUGGGAUUGAUGGGAUGUAGUCUGUGAAUAGCGGAUUUGUGCUCUAUAAUUUUGUAUAUUCCUACAGUUCCUUCCAACCAUUGGUCUUUUCUAAUCAGCUGAACACUGUCUACUUGAUUUUCUUGCUUUCUUUACUUCAUGACUUCUAACAUUUAUCUGUCAGAGUAUUCGUUUGAUAAAGCUUACAAUUCGUGUAGCUUUGGCCUGCAGUGGAACAAAAUUUAUUGCCUUGGCUUCUGUAGUACAUGGAAACGAGUUAAGGUGGCAAAGUUGCAAUUAUUUAUUUGCAUUAGCAUAU